AUGUCAAACCUCACGACCUCCACUAGCGGCAAUCAGACCCUCAUCUUGGAUCCCAACCUAUGCACACUGCAGACGUGUGAUCUGUCUUUAGCAAGUUUCUCCUACAUCCCGAAUCUUGCUGCAAAUGCUCUAUACUUAGCGAUCUUUGCCAUUUUAUUCUUCGUGCAGCUCGGACUUGGUAUUCGCUAUCAGGUAUGGGGCUUCAUGGGUGCCAUGCUUUUGGGCUUGGCACUCGAAGUCAUUGGAUAUGUGGGACGCGUCCUCGUUCAUGUCAAUCCCUUCGACAACAACGCCUUCCUCAUCUACCUCAUCUGCGUAACUAUAGCACCAGCUCUUCUGACAGCCGCCAUCUACCUCUGCUUGGCACGCAUAGUGACUGUUUAUGGCGCUCAUCUCUCAUGGAUAAGACCUCGGACGUAUACCCUCAUCUUCUGCAGUUGUGAUCUUCUCAGUCUUGUACUGCAAGGCUUAGGGGGUGGCAUCGCAGCAACCGCUAAUUCGACUUCGGGGAAGAAUCUCGGCAAGAAUAUCAUGGUUGCUGGUCUCGUUUUCCAGGUAGUCUCAUUGCUACUCUUCGCAGCCUGUUGCGGGGAGUUUGCGUGGAGGUUGAGAAAGAAUAAGGCAGCCCGCAAUCCGAAACUCACAAGCCUCGUUGAAUCACGCUUGUUCAAGUAUUUUUUAUGUGGCCUCGGUCUCGCUGUCCUUACCAUCUUCAUCCGAAGCGUCUUUCGAGUCGCAGAACUCAGCGGCGGGUUCAACGGCAAAUUGUUCAACGAGGAGAUUCCAUUCAUGAUUCUCGAGGGUCCUAUGGUCAUUAUCGCAUGCACAGCAGUGUCUACUUUUCAUCCUGGGCUUGCCUUCCAGGGUUCCUGGCAUGAGGCCGACUUCAUCUUCUGGACGAAAUGUACAAUUAGAACCCGGAAAAGGCCCGCGGUGGAGGACAAGCCUAACCCAGCAUUAAGUGACGAAGAGUCUGGGAUGCAUACUGGUGUAGCAGAAGUCGCAGGGUUGCCAGCGCGAAAGUGA